CCCUCUCCUCUCAAUCGCCACCGCAAGGACCGACCGGUCCCGUCUUCUCCGCCAGCAGCUGCAAAAUGGAAAAUCAGCAGUAGCGCAGCAAGCCUCGAGAAGUUCACCUCUACAGUUGCAUCAGUUCGCCUCUCUGACCUCCGGGGCUCCGAGUUGGUGCCUUAGGGCUUCAAAUAUCCCCUUUUUUCUUCUCGUUCUUCUCCAUCCGCGAUUUUUGAAUUCUAUUGUAUUUAUCUGCUAUUCAAACUGUACCUAUUUGUGGGUUGGUGAAUUUUGAAUUUUUCUUUUUUUAUUUUGUUUAAAAGAAGGUUUAUUGAUAUAAUCCGAUUUGAAAACUGAAGUUCUAGUUGUUUAGAGUUAUGAUGAUGUUGGUUUCUGAAAAAUUGAGAUAGGAAAAUUUGUUGUGCAUCUUGUUGGUAUAGAAAUUGGUCGAUUAUUUUUCGCAAAUUUGUGAUUUUUGUGGUGUAUAAGAAGUGGAAGUGGAAAAAACUGCAUAAUUUAUCAGUAAAAAUAACUUCCUAAAAUGGCGCAUCCUCACCACGCACUUCGAGUGCAGAUAGGAUAACUGCAUAGUACUAUAUUGGAACGUGACAAACAUUGAUCAAUGUAAUCGCCCCCCAAUUCGGUAUUAAAUUGAAACCUCAUCUACCCCCAGCAAGAAAUGCUGUCCAAAUUCCAAUUAUUGAAAAUUUCAGCCACAUUUUCUGCUCCCACACUUCCAAAGAAGUCUUCUUUCCAGCAGAUUGUUACGUUCACGGCCAAGUUUGGAUCGCGAAUGGGGUCGGCUUCCUAUACGACGUCGUCCAAGUUGCUUUUCCGGCAGCUCUUUGAGAAGGAGUCGUCCACCUACACUUACCUUCUCGCUGAUGCUUCUCACCCGGAUAAACCAGCUCUGUUGGUAGACCCAGUAGACAAGACCGUGGAUAGGGAUGUUUCUCUUGUGAAAGAGUUGGGUUUGAAGCUUAUAUAUGCAAUCAACACUCAUGUACAUGCAGAUCAUGUCACUGGCACUGGCUUGCUUAAGAGUAAGGUUCCUGGAGUAAAAUCUAUCAUUUCAAAGGCAAGCAAUGCAAAAGCUGACCUUUUUGUUGAACCUGGCGACAAAAUCUAUUUUGGUGAUCUCUUUCUAGAGGUUCGUGCAACCCCAGGUCAUACGCAAGGAUGCGUUACUUAUGUCACAGGUGAUGGACCUGAUCAGCCUCAGCCAAGAAUGGCUUUUACUGGUGAUGCUUUAUUAAUUCGUGGAUGUGGUAGGACAGAUUUUCAGGGUGGAAGUUCUGAUCAGCUUUAUGAUUCAGUUCAUUCUCAGAUCUUUACAUUGCCAAAAGAUACAUUUGUGUAUCCUGCUCAUGACUACAAGGGAUUCUCUGCGAGUACUGUGGCAGAGGAGAUGCAUUAUAAUGCCCGCCUCACAAAAGAUAAGGAAACAUUUAAAAACAUAAUGGCAAAUUUGAAUUUGUCAUAUCCCAAAAUGAUAGACAUAGCAGUCCCUGCCAACAUGGUUUGUGGGUUGCAAGAUGUUGAAGCCGAAGUUGCCUCGUAAUCUUGGCGCGAAUUUGUGGAAAGAUGUUGAAAAGCCAAAGUCGCCUAUGCGCAAUAAAGUUGUGAGACUUGAACAUAAAAAUGCAGAUAUUGUGGUGGAAUAGAUAUGUAUUCAUAACAAUGGAAUGUCUAUUGCACAAGAUUUUUACCUUUUCAAAACACUAUUGAAGAAAAUAAUAACAACUUAUACAUGGAUAUUUAUGAA